GUUUCUAAAAAGCGGGUGGACUGGCCCUUUCCGUCGAGUUCCUGCAUAAAUUAAACGCCCGAAUCGUAUGAUGCCUACGUCAGCGCGUCGUGACGUCAGCGCGCAGGCCGUGUUUGAUUUUUUUCCGCUGUGUGAAGAUGGCGGAGUGCGGGGUGAAUGGAAGAGGCGAGGAGUGAAACUGGGGGAAGAAUCCGCCUCCCGCUGCACUUCCACGGCGUUUCUCGUCUCCAUGAGUUCCCGCUGAAGCCCGCCGAGACUCUCUCCACCUUAAAAAGAGGGGAAUCAAAACACUAGGAUGGGAAUAUGACACAGAGCAAGAAGAAGAAGCGGGUGAAUCGCAGUCUGCUGCUGGCCAAGAAGAUCAUCAUCAAGGAUGGAGGAGCGCCUCAGGGGUUCGGCUCCCCCACCGUUUACCACGCCGUCAUCGUCAUAUUCCUGGAGUUCUUCGCCUGGGGCUUGUUGACCGCGCCGACGCUGGUGGUUCUUCAUGAAACAUUCCCGAAGCACACGUUUCUGAUGAAUGGACUCAUACAGGGAGUUAAGGGCUUGCUGUCGUUUCUGAGCGCCCCUCUUAUUGGCGCCCUGUCCGAUGUGUGGGGCAGGAAGUCCUUUCUGCUUCUCACAGUCUUCUUCACAUGUGCUCCCAUCCCUUUGAUGAAGAUUAGUCCAUGGUGGUAUUUUGCAGUCAUCUCCGUAUCAGGAGUGUUCGCCGUGACCUUCUCUGUAGUUUUUGCAUAUGUGGCCGACAUCACGCAGGAGCAUGAGCGCAGCAUGGCGUACGGGCUGGUUUCAGCCACGUUUGCUGCGAGUUUGGUCACCAGCCCGGCCAUCGGGGCCUACCUGAGCCGCGUGUAUGGAGACAGCCUGGUGGUGGUGCUGGCUUCGGCCAUCGCCAUGCUGGAUAUCUGCUUCAUCCUGGUGGCCGUGCCCGAGUCGCUUCCGGAGAAAAUGCGCCCGGCGUCCUGGGGAGCCCCCAUCUCCUGGGAGCAGGCGGACCCUUUUGCCUCCCUGAGGAAAGUGGGCCAGGACUCCACAGUGCUGCUCAUCUGCAUCACAGUGUUUCUCUCAUAUCUCCCCGAGGCUGGACAGUACUCCAGCUUCUUCUUGUACCUGCGACAGAUAAUGGGAUUUUCCCCUGAAAGUGUUGCUGCUUUCAUAGCUGUACUAGGAUUGCUUUCAAUUGUUGCACAGACUGUAGUAUUAAGUUUACUAAUGCGUUCCAUCGGGAACAAGAACACAAUCUUACUGGGACUGGGGUUCCAGAUUCUGCAGCUGGCCUGGUACGGGUUCGGAUCGGAGCCGUGGAUGAUGUGGGCCGCUGGCGCCGUCGCCGCGAUGUCCAGCAUCACCUUCCCUGCCGUCAGCGCCCUGGUGUCCCGCACGGCCGACCCAGACCAGCAAGGUGUUGGGCAGGGAAUGAUCACAGGCAUCCGCGGCCUCUGUAACGGCCUGGGACCGGCUCUCUACGGUUUCAUCUUCUACAUCUUUCACGUGGAGCUGGACGAGGUUCCUGACACUGGUGCUGAUGUAGAGCACCACCCUCAGCUCCACCAGCAGAGUGCAAUAAUCCCUGGUCCUCCGUUCCUGUUUGGCGCCUGCUCUGUGCUGCUGGCCCUCCUGGUGGCGCUCUUCAUCCCCGAGCACUCUCACCUGGGCUCCCGCACGGGCAGCUGGAAGAAGCACACGUCGCCCCACGGGCACCCCCACAGCCCCCAGCCGCCAGGGGAGGCCAAGGAGCCCCUCCUGCAGGACACUAACGUCUGAUGGACUGCUCGCUGGACGGCCAGAACCAGCUCCCUCUCCAGACUGUAAAACGGGUCGGCAGGUAUCGGGGAGAAUGUAAAGCUAUCAGAAGCAAAACUGGCAGUUUUUAAGAGAGAAAAAUGUGUACAUAGAGGAACAUAUAUUUAAUGAUGGUUCUGUCCAAAGGCACUGUUGCAAUGGCUUGUAUUUAUUCCUUUUUUUUCCAUCCUUUCUUUUUUUUUCUAUUGAGUUUCUGACCAUUUUGUGCAUUUAUGUGAUGAUUCUACACGGAAACGGCUCACUCAGGGACAUGAACCUUGGUCAAGAAUGUUUCUGGACGCAGCAUUUUUUUUUUUUUUUUUUUCCCCCCCAGUCUGAAAACAAAAACAGCGUUACUGACCUUAAGCAAAGCAGUCAUUAUCCAGAUUGGGAGCCUGUACAAAGACUUAAACCCUUUCUUUUGGUUAAGACUAGAACACCGGGUGCUUGUGGUCAGUCGGGUGCACAGGUGUGCAGGUUCAAAUGACCCUGUUAGGAACAGCCUUAAUCAACAGCUCAGCUUCAGACUGUGAAGGAGAAGCUGUGUGGCGAAGUGGACGAUACAGCUUCAUUUUUACAGUACCUUUAUUUUUCAUGCUUAUCAGGAUUGUUGCCUAUGUAUUAUUAUUAUUAUUAUUAUUAUUAUUAUUAUUAUUAUUAUUAUUAUUUGUACCACUUUAGCGUUAUUGGUGCCUUCCCCAACAUGUGGUUGUGUUGUUUAGCACAGCAGUUCUUAAUCCGAGUGCUGGGAGCUCCAUGCGCUGCGUCUGCUUUACUGCUGCUCACCUGUAAUACACCUGACUCGGGUCAGCAGGUAACUGAUCUUUUCAUGCUCCACCAUCUAAUGUGCCCUUUCAUAGCAACGGUUGCCAGGUUGGACAAGCUUUACAGAACACGGUCAGAAAUCUCAUUCAGCCUAAUUAGAAACUGUCGUGAUUUUUGUUCAGUCUUAUGCUGAAUCUACCACCUUGAUGACUUCAAGCUCAAACACAAAAGAUCCAGUAAUAAAACCACACAGGAUUGUUUGCUUUUGAUUGCAGGUUCUGUUUAAGUUGGCUUGAAAACAUUUUCAUUAAUCUUUCUUUUUUUUGUAUUGUUCUAAAAAGGUUGCAACAGCUAGAACCAUGAAACCAUGCAGGAUCGUAGAGGCUGUAGAGGAAUAGUGUGCUAGUGCUUUUGGCUCUGAUCGCAUGUACAGCCUUGGUUUCGUAACUCCCUGGUUUACUGUAGCAACGGCCUAGCAACUUCCUGAGAUUCUAUAGCAACAGCCUAACACACAUUAGCAACUACCUGGAAUUGCAUAGCAACAGCUUAGCAACUGCUUGAGAUCCCAUAGCUACAUCUUGCCAACUUCCUGAGAUUCCAUACCAACAAUCUAGCAGCAUCUUAGCAACUGCCUGGAAAUCAAUAGCAACGGCCUAGCAACUUCCUGGAUUUCCAUAGCAACAGCUUAGCAACAUCUUAGCAAGUCCUUGGGAUUCCAUAGCAACAGCCUAGAAACGUCUUAGCAACCAUCAGUAACAACAUGGCAGCACCCUAGCAACCAUCUGGGACUUCAUAGCAACAGCUUUACCAAGCCAACGUUUAUUCGCGGGUUUUUGGCUUCGUUAUCUUUUGUAAACGUUCUUCUCCAGCCGAGCAACAGUUGCUAUGAAAGACUGCAUUUGUGGGCGGAGCAUGAAUGGGUCAGGUAUUCAGCCCCUCAUGAACGUUUGGUGUAUUAGAGGAGAUAAACGGAUGCAAAGCAUGGAAAAAACGGAGGACUGGAAACAGAAACCACAAGCUGAACGGACGAGUGCAGCUGAUGGGACCAGGUGGAAAGAUCUUAAAGGGAAACUUCAGUGCUUUUCAGCCGAAUUUCUAUCCCACCAUCGUUCAUCGUUUCUCUGUACUUAACGAAGGAACGGAGAACCUGUCGUCUCGAAACACACCUGCUAAUUAACGUCCAUCCUAGGCGUGGACUCGGCUGUUCUUCUGCUCUCUAAGGGAAAACCGCAGCCCGUGCCAGUUGCCGGUUUGAUCUCCCAGGUAGAGGCGAGGCUGAAAGUGGAGUGGCCCUUUAAGAUCCUCCUCCAGUAAGUUUACACAGGAAACAUUCAGACCACGUUACGUCACCACGCAGGACCUUCACUCGGCGGUCAGCAGGCGUGCACUGAAAAGGGUGCAGGAGAUGAAUUUGUUAGUGGCCUUCUAUACUUUACACUUUUGUUUUGUUUGUUUUGGGAAAGAAAGUUUUGCUUGUUUUUAACAAGAUAUUUUGACCAAAUAUGUAGAUUUUAUUGAAAUUAUGACAGGAGUGAAUUUAUCUGAAGUAGCUUUCCUUUCUGACUUAUUUAUGAGUUGAUUUCCUCCAUUAUUUCUUGACUCGAGUCUCGAUACUGUAUGCUUUUCCAUGUUCUGUGGUUGUUUUGCUGCCUUUUAUUAUUCAUUUUAAAAUAGUUACCGUCAACUGAACAUGUAAAUAUGACUAAGUAUCCAAACAUUUCAAUAAAAGUAUUUUUGACUUA